AUGGAGAAGAGGCUUGAGAUCAGGAGAGAAAUGAGCAUUUAUUUGCUAGCUGCCAAUAAGGAGGUGAAGGACUCUCAUGAAUCAGCCAUGCAUGUGAAUGAAGACACCGUUUCAAGGAGGCUUGGAGCCACUAACAAAACAUGUUUGUAUUUCAUCAUCGCUACCCUUGUUGUGUUACUCGUCUUUGCGUUAGCUACCAUCAUGGUCUUAGUCGUGCAGAGGACGGCAGCUGAUCCUGCCACAGAGGGCAUUGCAAAACCUAUCAGGACAGGGAACACCUCCGAAGACUAUUUAAGAAUCCUACAGAAUGUCCCGACCAAGAGAGCUGCUGCAUACAUGAGAGUGUCCAACCCAGUAAAGAGUUCAAAACUGAGCCUGGUUGAGAAGGGUAUUUGUGAAGACAUCCAGUGCAAGAGCGAAGAGCUGGUGAUAAGGAAACCAGGCCUCUACUUGAUCUAUUGCCACUUGAACUUUCAUUUUCCCAACUGUUCAAACAGCCCCACCGACCUCAAGAUAGAGCUCCUUGUGAAUGACAAAGUUGACAGGCAAACAUUAUCCACAUGGUGCGAAUCAGAAACAUGCCAAGAAAAGACUUUUAAGACCUUGUUCCAGCUCCAUUUGACAUACCUGAGUGCGGAGGACCGAAUAUCAGUAACACUUAAUCAUCCUAAAUUCUUGAAUGAAAUUUCUCUUCCCAAUGAAAACGUUCUUGGGGUCUUGAGGUACAGCGAUGAAAUGUGA